CUCCUGUGCGUCCUGUGGAGCCAUGGGCAAGCACUGGGCGCUGGGCCUGGCGGCAGGCUCCUCAUUGCUGUUAUGCUCGGCGCUGCUGGCCGUGGGAUGCACGCUGGGGCUGCGUCUGGGCCGCGGGCGGAGCGCGGUGGAGCGUUGGGUGCUCGCCUGGCUCUGCUACGAUUCACUGGUACACUUCGUGCUGGAAGGCGCUUUUGUCUACUUGUCUAUAGUAGGACAAGUUGCAGAUUCCCAAGGCUUGAUUGCAUCUUUAUGGAAAGAAUACGGCAAGGCUGACACAAGAUGGCUGUAUUUUGAUCCGACAAUUGUGUCUUUGGAAAUCCUGACUGUUGUCCUGGAUGGGUUCCUGGCAUUGGUCCUCAUUUACGCCAUAGUCAAAGAGAAAUAUUACAGGCACUUCAUACAGAUCACCUUGUGCGUGUGUGAACUCUAUGGCUGCUGGAUGACCUUCUUCCCCGAGUGGCUUGUCGGAAGCCCCAACCUCAACACCAGCAGCUGGCUCUACCUUUGGGUCUAUUUGGUGUUUUUUAAUGGUCUGUGGGUUCUGAUCCCAGGCCUGCUGCUGUGGCAGUCAUGGUUAGAACUGAAGAAGAGAUCUUACCAAGAGGCCAAGUUAUCGAAGAAGCAUAAGUAAAUUCUCAGAGCAAUCCUUCUGAUGUUCUGCUUUCCGAGUCGGAACUGACCAGACAUUCCUUCUACAGUGUUUUGAAGGAGCCAUUACAGAUGGGUUGGAAGGUGGCAAACUUGGCUGUUUGGUUUGGUUCUUUGAUUAAAUGAUAAUAUAAAGAGAGAACUUGGGGUGAGGUUCAGUAGUGCGGUGCUUACCUAGCACGCGCAAGGCCCUGAGUUGUAUUCUUAACACUAGGUGGGGGGAGGGGGUGAGUAAGCUUUCACUUGUAACAAGUUCAUAUUUAAUGAGAUGCUCCAUCAUGGCUAGCAGAAUUGUUAUGCCAUGUUAAUAAGGGCGCGUCACAGGACACUGUAAGGAGCAGGAUAAAUUUUUACUCCAAAAACAAAACAAAAAACCCUUUUUGCUUCAGCUUUUCUUCUUCUCAGUGGUCUCUUGCGGUUAGUGAUGUAAACCUAGAAGUAAAAGGAAUUGAUUCUGUUUUAUACUCA